AUGGCACAAGGUCAAAAACUUUUCAACAUAAGCUCAUUUGACCCCAACAAUACCAAUAUUAGCGAGUUAAUUAACAGAUAUCUUAUAUUUGAUAAUUACGACCCUAAAGAGUUAGAUGCACUCACAACACAAAUGGAGAACAUAGAGCAUAAUAAAAAAUACAGAAAAUA